UACUUUGCAGAAGAGAGUAGCAGUGUAUUUUUCCAGACUGCAUUUUUAUUCAGUUGGGGCACUUCAAUGAGUAACAGCGGUCGCAAUGGCAGAGUGAAAAGCAAUUCUUGUGCCUCAGGUUUGGCUGAAGAUCAUACGAUUCGAAAAUGUAGAAAAGAUAUUCCGAAUCCGAACACUGAGAUUCUACUUAACUGCAUUCCAUGGAUUACAGUGUACCACCAAACUACCAGUCAGUGAUGACUUCUGCAGCAUGGUUUUGUCACAGAGCAACCUGCUGUGACUGAAGCAGUAGCAAUAUGUUCAGUGUGGAGGACCUCCUGAUUUCUCAUGGCUAUCAACCCCCAAAGAAAAGUUCAAAAGACAAACCCCUGCCUUCCGAUGAGAACACCUACACCAGCUGCCGUUGCGAAGGGAGAGAGAACAAGCCUAGCCAUGGAACACUGAAUGGAUAUGAGACCGACACUGGGGCCUAUUCUGCCAGCAGGCACACACGCAGUCUGGAGGGCUCCUACAGUGACAGCGAGGGCAGGGACAGGAGUGCAAGAAGACAAGCUGGUGUCAGCUGCUGUGCUGAUGUGCAGCGUUUGCCCACGUCUGCCACAAGGGAAGCAUGGUUAAACAGUGGUCCUCUGCUACCUUCUUCAUCCAGGCCCAAACCUGGGAAGGAUGUCACAUAUUGGAGACGAAGAGGGCAAGACUUCAGUGUUUUAUUGGAUUACACAAACCGCGGGGACUCAGGCUGCAAAGGAAAUAAUGUGACAAAAGAUCUAAACAAUCCAAAGACUGAACAACAAGGGAAAUGUUCACAAGACGUACGGCUGAAGAACAUGCAACACAAACCAGAAGUAACGAGAAUGAAUGAGCAAAAAGGUUGGAUGUCAGAAUGUCAGAGUGUGACAGUGAAAGAGAUGGUUGAAGACAAGUGGAGAAUGCCAGAGGAUCGUAAGUGCCAGAGCUUGGGGACAGAGGAAUGGAAAGCGUCUUUAGGAAGACAGUUGUCUGAUGGUGAUGGAAACAAAUUGAAACAGGGCAUGUUGCCUCAUGUGGUUGAUGGUGAAGAAUUAAAAAGAGAAGGAUUACCAUACAUAAAGAAGGAAAAGUCUCAGUCAUUGCCCAGAGUUAUACCAGAAAGUAAUGGUAAGGAAUUUCAGACAGGUCUAUAUUAUGUAGAUAUGCCUGGGUUUGACAGAAACAGAGUGGAAAAUCAAUUUUUGAAAGAUGAUCUUGUGUUGCAGGAUAAUGGCUCUUAUUGUCAUCCUAAAUCAAGUACAAAAUGGACAGAAAAUUUCAGGCCAUGUGCUCAGUUGCCAAAAGCGAAGUUGACUAGACCACUGAAACCUCCUUCAUAUGAAUUGUAUCAGCAAAUUAGGAGAAGUUCAGAAAUGAUACCCAAUCUCCAUCUGCACAGAGAAACUGAUGGGCAAGUGGUUUCUUUUGCCAAUGACAGUGAAGCAAGUGUUGAUACUAAUUGCUGCCUUCAAGCUCCUGCUGGUAGCAGCUUGGAACCUCCUGUCUAUGUGCCUCCCCCAUCUUACAAAGCACCACCUCAGCAGAACGCUGGUAAGAAAUGUUUUGAAAAAGUGCCUGCUUGUGAUAGCACAUCUCAGCCCUUUCAGUCAGUGGAUACUGUUACUGCUCAGUCACAUUGGUGUUUAGAUAACCAGGAGAGUGAUCAUGCUCAGCAGAAACAUAUCUCUCAUGAUAGCAGCACAAAGCAACAUCUGCAAACCAAGAGUGUUAGUGAUGAUGUAGGUAAAAAUAUCCCUCACAAAAGACAACCCUAUAGUUCUUCACAUAACGGCUACACAGAUGACCAAAAGGCUUUUGUCAAGUACAUACCAUUUAAUGAUCCACGAUUAAGACACAUUACUAUAGUGCAGUCUGAGAAGCAAAACAGUGAAGCCAAUCGUAAGUAUGAACCGUGGAAAGCAAAGGACAAUGUUGUAGAUGGAAACAAGACAUUUGGACCAUCAGACCAUUGCAGUGCCUUUUCUGUUCCAUCAGGAUCAUAUUAUUCCACUCAGGCAGGCCUGAGGCCUAUUACUGAUACUAUGACUAGCCACAAAUGGUUUGUAGCAUCCAAGUCAGAGAUUGAGAAUGGUACUAAGUCUGAACAUUGUUCUAAACCAUAUCUGGACAACCAGUUUGACAACUCAUUCAAAUGUAAUUCCAGGGUUCUUUCAACCUUAAACCAUCCUGUUGGUUAUCCGCAUUCGAAUGCCAAUUCUAAAGCAGAAUCACAUGUGCAUCAAGACACUGUUGAAACCAUUACCCAGGUGAAGAAGUGGGAACCAGAUUCCCAGGGUUUUGAGGCACAAGAGAAGAAACACUCCAAAAGAAGAAUUUCAGAAACAAUAUUUUGUCUUGUUUCCGUGCCAGUUAAAACAUGCGAAGAAGAGUCAAAUGAAGAUGUCUUUGUUAAUGAUGUGAGAAAUGGGAGUAUUGACAGUAUUCUGAAUGACAGCACUGGAAACUUAACAGAGCAAAGUUUUUUAAGCAUGUCUUCCUCCGACUUGGAAUUACAAGCUCUGACAGGAAACAUGAUCUCAGAAAAUGGGUUGAAGCGACCUGAGCCUUGGAAUGAAGUUAGCAAUAGACGUACAGUUAGCUAUAAUUUUAACCAGCACAGAGAAUUAACAGCUUCUGGCUCUUGGCCGGGUGACCAGUAUAGAGAUCAAGAAACGCAAACGAGCUUCAUUAAAGGUCCCCGUACCACUCGGUCAUUCACUGGUGCUACAAAAAAUAUUAGAACACGCAGCCAGAUUCAAAGUCAGAAUGACUCAGAACCUGAAUGCAGUACAUUAAUGCAAGGGGAUAAAAGGAAUGCAGAAGUUACAGCCAUCAAUGACCAGAAACGUAAGCUGAAAACCUGUUCAAUAAAUGGUCAGGCAAACUUGUAUCCCUCUACAGGUAGUGCUUUCUCAAAGGCAGCUCCUAAACAGCAUCAGGUCAAUCACACUAGCUCAAACCAAAGUCAUGUUCACGGGGCUUCGAGAUGCUCACAGAAAGAAAGUGGAGGUGGAAGUGUGGUGGAUCAGUUGGAACAGAGCAGAGUGGUUUCACAGGCAUCGUCAAGCAGUGGCAGAGAGGCAGUCGGGUUUGGUCAGUUCCUCUUGAAACCUGUAAGCCGCCGUCCUUGGGACGCAAUUAGUGAAUUAGAAAGUUUCAACAAAGAGAUUCAAGAGCAAGAGGAUCGCAAUGUUCAGGAACUGCGGAAGGAAGUUGAAGACAGUGAGCUUAGUGCAAAUCAGUCAAUACACCCAGACAAUGAUUUUUCAGACAGUCAGACUUACCAAACACCUGAGUUGUGUGUGUCUGAAAAAUCAUCAGUCAAGCUGAUCAAGCCCAAAGAAAAGAAGGACAGUGGCAGUGAUAAAAGUUGCUCAAAUCACACUAAUUUUACCCCUGAUGUACAGGACCAUUCUAAAAGAUCUGCUGUCAAUAACAGCAACCAGUCAAUCAAUCAAUUCCAAAAACCCAUCAAUAAAAGAACAACUGAUACCAAAAGUAGCACAAUUCUAAAUGUAUUCACAACAAAGAAUGCCUACUUCAGUAAAUUAAAAAAUGAAAACAAUUUGGAGGACACCAAGAGCAAAAGGCAGUGUAUAAACAUCAAUGGAGUUCGAACGCCUAUGUGUCAGUUAAUUCAAGAACGAACAGAAAGCACAAAUGAUCCGGACACGUCAAACAAAGUGAUGGUGCCAGACCCCAAAGCUCAGCCAGCUCCAGAAACUGAAUGUAAUGACAGUAUUGGAAAAAUGUUCACUCAGUUUGACAAUGAUCAGGGUUACUCCGAACCUAUUCUGAACUCUCUAAACUGUCACAAAAGCACAAAGCCAAAAACUGACAACCUAUACGACCUCUUAGAGCAAAAACCUGUGGAAGGAAUUUCAAAAACUGAAUCAUUAGAAGAAAGAGCUGCUCGGAUUUUGGGAAUAGAUGUAGCUGGAGAAGCCUUGAUUUCUCCAGUGAAGAAGACAUCACACCAGAAUACAGGAGAAAAUGAGACAAAACCUCCUUUUGAUGUGGAACUGGGCUAUAACGGUAAUCAUUUUGUGGCAGACAGGAAAAAUGCUUCAGUGGGACAGACAAGACACAUCGAGGAGAAAUCUUUGGAAAGCAACAAGCUUUCAGAAUGGAAACAAAACCCUCUGUAUGGAAGCUCAAGUGGAAAUAAUUUACAUGAGAAUAAAUUGCUGAAGCAUCUUGCUAAAAGUAACAAGGAGUCAGGGAAAAGGGCCAUCAUAAACGAGUUCUUUCAUGGACCUUUCAAGGAGUUUUAUAAUUGGACUGAUGCAAAUUGCUGUCUGAAUGCAGAAAGCAAGGCUGCCUCUGUCCCAGAUGCAGACAGGAAAGGUCGAAAUUCUUCAGAGAAGAUUGAGUCAUUGCAAGGCAAAAUCUCAUCAUCUCCCCCAAACCGAACAGCUCUCGACCGCUUGGCCAGAAUGAAAGAAGUAGAUUCGGUUUCCCGUAUCAGACGUCUCAGCAUCAAAAGUACAGGUUCUGGUGAUGAUUUUGAUGAGGAAAAAUGUAGAACAGAGAGGGGAGAAGAGGAAGCAGAUGACAUGUUGGCCAGACAGGAAGAACUCUGUACAGCAAGGAAGAGAGUCAUAUCACUGGACCAAGAUUUGGAACCUAUUGCAUCUUCAAUGACAGCUGAUUCUGAGCACAGACAUAUGGCAGAUGUUUAUGAUCCCAGCAAAGUUGAGACUGUGUGAAAAGAAGGAGAGAUGACAAGAGUGAAGAGAUUCUGGGAGAAUGUUAUAGAUUUUACACUGUGAUCUGCUUCACAAGACUCUCUUUCAUCAAAUGCGAACUCCUGGACUGCCUUCUGCACACACUGUUUAUAUUAAUGAAUACAAUGAUAAAAUGCUGUAUCACUGCCAGGAAGAAAUUAGUCAGGCAUUGAAACCACUAUUAACCAUCCAGUGUCUAAACCUGAACAGAUAAUACUGUUCAUCACAAAGUACAGCCUUCUAAAACUGGUAGCUGCAAUACUUGGUGCACAUAGGCAUUUGGCACAAAACCACCUCUAAUUUUCUAUUUAAUUACCAUCUCAGUCUGACUUCAGAGAAUGACUGAUAAAAUGCCUUAUCGGUGCAGCAAAGAGUUGUUCCUCUGAGUUUGGGUUUGAGGCAGAGUAGAGGGAUUGAAAUUCGCAAUGUCCUGACCUAGGCAUGCUUGAUGCUUACACUGGACAUCUAAAUUUAAGAAGUUGUUCAUCUCUCCAGAGGUAACACCAGUGCACAUUUGAUAAGCACAAAAUUAAGAAAUUUCAAGCAUUCCACACUGAGCUCCCACACAGUCGAUCUGAUAUCAAAUGGCAAUGUCCAAUGUGUUUUACUGGAUUUCCUUCCUCUUUAUUCAAGGUAUUUGUAAAUUCAUAGGUUUACAACUUAAUAACAAGUAAUUAUGUAGAAUAAUUUUAUGAAAAACAGAUGUUUCCAGAUUAUGAAAUCCCCAGCCUAGAUUUCCCAGAGUUGGUACAAUUUAGGUUGGAAUUGUUGUCAGUGAUUUUUAGACACUCUCAAGAAAAAAUAGGUUGUGUGCAGCGAGUUUUACCAGAUUAGCAUCGCUUCAGAUGCAAAUCAAGACAGAUCCAGGAAGCCGACUGGGGAUGGGAGAAAAAUGAAUGAAAAAUAAGUGCAUACGUGAAAUUUAAACCGAUGUGUCAAAGUAUAGUUACCAAAAUUCAGAAAACCUCAACAGUAUUGGGUCUAAUCUCCUACCUUCCUUCAGACAGAGGAGCCUUCUCAUGCAAUAAUUGUGCUACCAAAGCAUGUCAAUCAAGAGUUGCUGAUGUCAGCAUCUGACUGGGCAGGCAAAGACUUGUCUGUGGGUACACCAUUCUUUCCCAAGUAAUGAUUGGUAGUAGGGAGAAGUCAUGUGGUCCUGUCAAGAGAAAUCCAUUAAUAUUGGUAAAAAGAAUGAACAAUGGCAUGAAAACUCCAGAGUUUAAGUGCCUGCAAGCCAACAAUAAAUAAGUAAGUUGAGCAUAAAUGGGUAAAUAUAUUUAUGAUAUAUCACAACCAAAAUGUAUUUGCCACAGGCCUUUAAAUCCCUAAGCACUGUGGUAUAAUUCCUUUGAUAUUGGUGAGUUGCUGUUUGACAUGGAUGCUCUUUAGAAUCAAUGGUCUUCCCACCUAAAUGUUGGGAAACACAGUGCAGGAUAGACAAAACCAUGUCUCACUUAAGUUGAUUAGCUGCAUGAGGAACCUACUUAUAUGAGAGGGGUGGGGGGGGCUCCAAAGCUGCUGAUCUCCCCGGCAAUAAAUGAUACUACAAGAAACUAUAUUCAGAGCUGCAGAGAGACAGAGCUCCCAUCCAUUUCCCACGACCAGGCACCCAAGUCAUUACUCACAUGGCCAAGAACAGAAACUCGAAAAUAAUUGACUAUAAUAAUCUAUAUUUCUUACCUUUCCUACAGCAUUGCAAAUUUUAUUGAGAUCUAUGCAGAAUUAUGUGUAUCUCAAAUUAACAUUAAUUUUACAUUCAUUAAAGAACUUUUGAUAUGUAUUUUUAUUAGACAUGAAUUUAAAUAUUUCUGACAUAAAUUGUGUAUUCACUACAAAUUCAAUAAGCAGUGCACUCUGAAGUUUUUUUAAAAAUCAUUUUGUGCAUGUGAUUUUCAAUAGAAAACCUUCCGGAGAUGGACAAUUCCAUCCAAAUUACAUUCACAAUGAACCAUCCAGUGCCAUUACGCUGCAAAAAUUGUCGAUGUAUCAACUUGCCUUUUGUUUUUUGUUUUGGAAAAUUACGGACAGGCCACAAAAAGCAGGGAAAGUAACAGUUGCUCAGAUCACCAAAUCCAUCGGCACGUUUUGCUUCCUUUCUUGGCGUUCUUUAGAUCUGAGGUUGCUGUGAACUGCUGUUGCAACAGCUUGCAAGAAUAUAGCACCCCUGAGUAAGAAAAACAUCCCAAUGCGCAGUAUUGAUUUUUAAACAUAAGUGGAAUGUAACCUUUUAAUUGCUUGUUGGUGCCUUUCUGACUGACUAUAUAUUAAUGAAGAAAUAGGCUCAAAGAUUAUUGCUGUAAAUAAAAUUUAAGGAUAUUUAUUUUUAGCCUAUACAGUAUUAUUAGAAUGAAAGUAACAGCAAGAUUUGGUAUCUUAAUGAACACAGUGAAGCAAUAGUAGCCGCCUGAAAAUCAAUUGUUAUUGACUUAUAAAUGAUGUGGAGGUCAAGGCUAUUGUGGGUGAGAUAUCCUUUCUUUCGCUGUGCUUCCAAGGGCUUAAGGGUCUGUUGUAGCUUACGUGUUAAAUGAAAGCCUACCACCAUCUUAGCAGGACAGUGAGGAUUGGGUAAUAAAUGUUGACUUUACUAGUAA